AUGCAGUACGCAGGAAUCGACAUGAAUAUGGACAACGGCGACGUUCCAACUCCUGUCGUUAGCUUUGGAAGUGAAACUGAACAAAACACUGCAUCCUCACACAGCGCAGCGAAUCGGACCUCACUAGGGACGACAAAAGAAGUGAAUAAAAAAAUGAAGUUCGACGAUUUCCUCUUCGCAAAUUUAGGGGAGAUAGGAAAGUACCAAAGAAUCCAGUUCUUUCUCGUAUGUCUCCCGACAAUCAUCGUCUCAAUGCAUGCACUUAGUUGGACGCUUGCCUCUGUUCCGGUACCGUUUCGAUGCGCAUUACCUUCUGAAACACAUGAGUCGCCAUACUAUUCGAGUGAUGAACGCUUGACCCUUAAGGAAUGCAAAGGUUGGGACGAAACGCCAGUCUCAAUUAAUGAAUCUGGGAGCCCGAGAGUCCAUUGCUACUACAAUGAGAAAUGUGAACUGAAUGGAGAGCUAUGUAGUUCACAUGUGUUUGACAGAUCAAGAGUGCAGUAUUCAGCUAUGGAUCGGUGGGAGCUUGUCUGCGAUCGUGCAUCCAACCGUGCCCACGUGCAAUUAUUUUACUACAUCGGCCAGAUGGUGGGCUCCUUCGUGUUCGGACUACUUGGAGAUAGGAUUGGCCGCAAGAAAGUGUGCAUCAUCGCAAUAGCAAUGCAAGUCUCAUGCGGUCUAGCUAGCGUUUUUGCUCCGACUUGGUGGCUGUUUGCAAUUUUGCGAAUCGGGAUAGGAUUUUCACACCCGGGAAUCUUCGUCAUUGCUGUCGUUGUUGGAAUGGAAUUGGUGGGACCAAAAUACAGAAAGAUGGCUUCGGUUAUUACUGGAGGAUUUUUCGCUCUCGGGCAGAUUUUACUGGGUGUGGAGGGAAAUUUUGUCACAAACUACCAACAUCUCCAGCUGCUCAUCACACUACCGGGUAUACUCUUCCUCAGCUAUUGGUGGUUAGUCCCCGAAAGCCCAAGAUGGUUGGUUGCCCAGCGGAGUUAUGAAGAAGCGGACAAAAUCCUUCGACGAGCAGCAAAGAUCAACGGCGUCACAUUGCCGGAGAAAUGGUGGGAACAACUCGACUCGGAAAUAGACCCAAGCGAUAAGAAGAGUAAAAAGUACAAAGCGUGGGACCUGUUUAAAACGCCAAUUCUGCGGAAACGAGCACUAGUUGCUUUCUUUUUAUGGCCGUGUGUUUCAAUGGUUUAUUACGGCAUGGCAUUGAAACCCAAUGUGCUUGGAGGCGACAUGUACCUAAAUUUCAUAUUUGCUGCACUGGUAGAGAUCCCAGCUCUAAUUAUUGUGUGUUUGACCAUUGAUCGAAUAGGUCGUCGCAUUGUAACUAGCGCUGGCUAUUUCCUCGCUGGAGCUUGUUUGCUCGUUAACUUCUUUUUGGGAGAUAACGUGCCACUAGCAGUAUCAAUUAUUCAAAUGAUGAUCUCUAGAGGUGCCAUUACUGGUACCUACGCUGCCAUAUACACCUAUACACCGGAACUGUUUCCAACUGUGAUCAGGAACACAGCGAUGGGUGUUUGCAGUAUGAUCGCACGUAUUGGCGCUAUUUCAGCUACCUACCUCAGCUUGUGGAUAGCAGAAACGCCGAACGGCAAGGUUUACAUGAUCAUUCCUUUUGCGUGUAUGGCGAUCACAGCUGCGGCACUCACGUUGUUCGUUUUACCUGAGACAAUGGGCACACCUCUGCCGGAGACGAUCGCUCAGGUAGAAGGCGAUGAAGAACGCUUGCCUCAAGAAUUGGAGCCACUGAGGACGAAGGAGUCAGAAGAGACCAGACAACAGUUAGAACCUACUUCAAAAAAUGAGUAG